AUGGACUUAUCUACAGCCACAGACACUUUGAGGUGUACCUUCUCCAACAUGGAUUUAUCCUUGGGCCACAAUUCCUUCAGAGGGUCAGGAAUUAGCACAGCAGUUGCUCCCCAGGUCCCAGUGCUGAAGUCUUGGAAGGGAUUCAUCCAGGCACUCCUGGAUGCUGCUAUUGGCUUUGAUCUCCUGGAGGAUGAAGAGGGCAAAAACUUUCAAAAGUGUCUCCAGGAAGGCAAGAACUUGGUUGAUGUUGCCCACAGCCUUAUCCAGAAGCUGUCUCCACGCACAAGCAAUGUCUGCUCAACCUUUUUCAAAGACUGUUUAUACAAGGUGUUUGAUGACCUGGAAUCUAAAAUGGAAGAUUCUGGGAAGCAACUGCUUCAAUCUGUGCUUCACUUAAUGGCAAACGGGGCUCUUGUGUUAACCACAAACUUGGAUAACCUGCUGGAACUGUACGCAGGACACCAGGGGAAGCAACUGGAGUCUCUUGACCUAACCAACAAAAAGAAGGUUUACACCAACCCCAGGGGCAUAGUGCUCCACCCAGCCGGGUACCAGAAGGUACACGGAGGUCGCGAGAUUCAGAAGCUGGAUGAAAGUAAUUAAUUCUUGGGCUGUGGUUGGACUGUUGAUGACAUCACGUUUCAGGCCCUGUUUUUAGAGGCCAUGAAGCGCAAGUCAGACCUGGAACACUUCAUGCUCAUACAAAGAGACGUGGAUGAGUUUAAGCAGCUCUGUGAGAAGAUGCAGGACAUUCCCACAGGAUGCAGCACUUGAGCACCAGCCUCACUUCAAGACCUGUGCCCUUAGGACAGGCCUAAGCCAGUCCCAGCAGCUCCCAGGGAGGCCUGGGUGGUUUAAAGCUGGUCUAAGAGAGGAGCAAAGGCCAGGGCAGAGCCUCCUCAGACAGACACCUGGUUUAACAUAGUAAUUGUCUUUUUACCAAGGCCACGUGUACCCAGAGAACAUGGUCUUCGCGAAGGAGCUGCGACCUCCUCUGACUUCAUACUUAGUGCUUUUGUAUCCUGUACUUUCAAUUAAAAAAAACAACUUGAACAUGUUUUUUCACUGGAAACUCCAGUUUUCUAGUCCUGUCUUUUACUGUACACUGUUUUG